AUGGCCGACAGACCGAGCUGCUUGUUUAAGAAAAUCACAAUUCUCGUCGGGGACGAUGAAGAGCCAUUCAUCGUUGAUAAGGGCACUCUUCUCGCCAGCUCCGACUUCUUCAGGAAGGUCUUCGAUACGUCGCUCAACAUCAAGGAUCCAGAAGAGGUGGAUCUGCCAGACGUUAAACCCCGAGCUUUCGAAAUUUACCUUUGGUGGCUCAGAACUGGCAUCUUCUACAUCAUGGAACAAGACGACGUCGAUGAUUCUGCAGAAGAAGACGAACUUGGCAUUAUUAAUGACGAGGAGUACUCAAAGUGGGAUGAGUGUUACAUGCUUGGUCACCUCGUACAGGACUGUGACUUCCAGGAUGCCUGCAUCGACUUGAUGCAGGAGAAGAUGAUUUCCGAAGAUGUGCACAUGCUGGAGAUGCCUGAUACUGUAUACGGGAUCGAUGUUAUACUUCCAGCACAUCGACAGUUCGCAGUUGAUACGGCAGCUCAUCUCUGGGGGGAACUUACAUUCAAUAACUUGGAAGAAGACGAUAAUUCUCGUGUGUUCAUCAUAGAUCUCCUCAAGUAUGUCAGUACGAAGAUGAGGCACAACAAGGUGGCGAAAGAAAAGCCCAAGGACUUCUUCAAAGACAUCGGUUGCAAGUAUCAUGCGCAUGUUGCUCUCAACAAGCCUUGCUACAAGAAGACUCAUCCAGCCUACAAGUAA